AAACGACGUGCUCGCGAGGCAGCAUGGGAAACAAAAUGGAAGGAAGUCGACUUGGGCAACAGAGUAGCGAGAUGUCGCUCUGCGAGGUGUUUUAAAUGCGGUACUCCUAGUUAUUGUACGCACGACAAGAAAGCUCUGCUGUAGUCGACGCAAUGAGUAUGAAGGGCUUAUUCAGCGGUGCAGUCCGAGCUGUGGCGGGCGGCAGGAACACAACGUUCAUACCCAGGGUGUGUUUUUCUAACCGUGUGUUUAAAGCAACGUCCAGCUGGGACAGACCGGGACGCCUCACUUCUUCCAGUCUACCCAGACCAGGACACUUCAGCUGUUCCAGUCUACCCAGACCGGGACGCCUCACCUCUUCCAGUCUACCCAGACCAGGACACUUCAUCUGUUACAGUCUCCCGAGCAGAAACCUUGUCCAGAUUCAUGGACAAGACACAAGCGCAUUUCUUCAAGGAAUUAUCACGAAUGACAUGAACCUUCUCGGAGAAGGAAGGCAGAGAUCUUUGUACGCUCACAUGCUGAACGUUAAAGGCAGGACCUUGUACGAUGUAAUCAUCUACAGUCUGAACGAAUCCUCGGCGGACCUGAACAGUGUUGUCUUGGAGUGUGACAGCUCGUUGCUGGGCGCUGUCGUGCAGCACCUAACGAUGUACAAGAUCAGGCGCAGAGUAACUGUGAACACAUGUGCCGAUCUUUCGCUGUGGGCUCUGCUGCCCCAGGAAACACGGUCUGCGCCGCAGCAGCUGAAACCAGAGCCCACGUCCGCAGAGAAAGCGCUGGUGCUGGUUGAGGACCCCAGAACAGACCUGAUGGGCUGGAGACUCGUAGCCAGAAACAGUGAGAAUCCUCCAGACUUCAUCGCUGCGUGUCAACAGGGUGACCCUGAUGAGUACCACAGCCAUCGCUACAAAAUUGGUCUGCCGGAGGGCGCGAGGGAUCUUCCUCCCGGGGAGGCGUUGCCACUGGAGUCCAACUUGGUGUUCAUGAAUGGCAUCAGCUUCAGCAAGGGCUGCUACCUGGGCCAGGAGCUGACCGCCCGCACCCACCACACGGGUGUGGUACGCAAGCGCCUGGUGCCAGUCAGGCUCUCGUCCCCGGUGGAGAGUCUGCAGGCAGGAGCUGAACUGCGGUCCCCUGGGGACAAGCCCGUGGGGAAAUACAGGGCAGGGCUAGGACGAGUGGGCCUCGGCCUGGUGCGAACAGCUCAUACCGACGAAACGCUCAGACUCGCAUCCUCUCAGGACAGGACAGUGACUCUUGAGGUUUCAGUGCCGGACUGGUGGCCAGAAGACACUAAGAGUGAAUAGUACUGCAAAAGAUGAGAAGGGGUCACCGCUCACAGUAGCUGUCCAGCGGUAGUUUAUAUGUAUUGAACAUUUCACUGUUAAAAACAUAAAAACAAUUCUGUGAAAAGUUUUAUGUAAUGUUCCUUCAGUCACAUAUAACUAAAUAAAUAAGACAUUUAAGAAGUUAACUAGAUAGUCGACUCAAAGAUCGAGCUGUGUGCUGGUAAUAUUUAUUUAUUUAAAUGCAAUAGUUUGGAUGUUGAAUUUGCCGUAACUUAUUUAUGUAUGUGACGUACAUCUCAAACAUGCCAUAAAUCUUGAUUUAUAUUCUUUCAAAUUAAACUGAUUCAUGGGAUUUUA